AGAGUCCUUUAUUUUGAUAUAAAGUAAUGAAUAUAAAGUGUCAUUCAUUUUCUUAAAUCAAAUAUACGCCUUUUCUAUUGACAAUUUGUCCUUUUUUAUUAUUUUCUUUCUCUCGUAAUUCAAAUGUCUUUUUGGAAACCAGGAACACUUGCACCAGGAAGUUCUUUAGAUAGAGAUACAGAAAACGAAACAGGUGAAGCUGUUGUUGCUCAUGCCGAUAAACAAUAUCGCCAUUUAACUUUAAAGCAACAACGAGAACGCUUGCCUGUAUUCAAACUUAGAAGGGAACUUUUAUAUCUUGUAGAAACAUAUCAAACUGUUAUUGUGGUCGGACAAACGGGUUGUGGUAAAACAACACAAAUACCCCAAUACCUUAUGGAAUCAGGAUGGGCAACUCAUGGCAAACAAAUAGCCUGUACUCAGAAUAGCUGCUACUUCAGUAGCACAGCGUGUAGCAGAAGAAAUGAAUUGUAAUUUGGGUGCACAAGUAGGCUAUCUGAUUCGAUUUGAUGACCAAACAAGCGAUAAAACAAAGAUCAAAUACAUGACAGAUGUGUGAUUAUGAUUGAUGAAGCCCAUGAAAGAAGUCUGUAUACAGAUGU